UUGGGUUUGUUUGUCCCGAGGCAAUGUCAAGCUCUAGAAUCAAGGCCAACCCUCAGGCUGCAUCAAUGUAUUUGAAAGUAGUUUUCAAUGCUGAAAUUGAAAAGGAGAAGAAGGGUGAUCCUAACAUUACCAAGUGGUUUUUGAUCCCAUACCAUCAAGAAAAUCAUUGGAUUUUGUACGUGUUAGACCUACGUAGAGGUUGUGCGUAUAUUUUCGACUCUGCGAUAGGUUCCAACCGAGAAAAUAGUGCAUGGGGAAUCUUGUGUUUGGCAUACCAAGUGUACAAGUUUAAUGAUGGGAUUUGUCCGAAUAGAGCGACUAUGCAGGGGUUGAAAGGCUUCCAUGUAAAGUGUGCUCAACAAGUCGGCGCCCGCGAGUGUGGCUAUUACGUUAUGAAGUUCAUGCAUGAAAUAGUCACGUUACACCAUAACACUGAUGAGCGGUUAGAUAAUGCUUACACUCCAAGAAAUGCGCCUUAUACCGAUGAGGAAAUAGAUGUGGUUCGUGAGCAAUGGGCUAAGUUUUUUACAACCGAGUAUUUAUUUACUUAGGUUGUUUAGACACAAAGAUGGAAGCGUUUAUAUCUUCAUGGAUUUGACAGAAGGAGUCCAGCUCCUGCUGCAUUUACAUUGGGAUAAACAUAGCUAACUCCAUCUCUGGCUGUUGUCAUGAACAAAAAUGUUGCAUGCCCUAAUCCUGCUAGUUUUGUUUGUAU